AUGCAUCUAAUUACUUGUCGAAUGGUCUUUAUUACCAUUAUUAUCAUCAUCUUUGCCAAUUUUCAACCAAUUUCUUCGAAUUCUCAAUUUUGUUCCGUUUUACAUACAACAACAAAACAAGAUGAAUGUCCUAAUCCACUAUCAUUCAAUAUUCUUGAAGAAUAUGCUAAACCAUUAUCAUCAUGGAAAUUAAAUAUUCCUGUAUUGACAGAUAAAAGUGAUAUUUAUAUCAUUGAAGAACUAACAAAACGUUUUAAUCAAGGCGAUUCUUGUCCCUAUAUACGAAAAACAAACAAAACAAUUUGUUGUGAAGGAUGGCAAGGUCUUGCUUGUAAUAAGCCAGAUAAAUCUCUUCCUCAACAAUCAUUUGCUACUUGUCAUUUAUGGGGUCGAGAUCAUAUUCGAACAUUUGAUGGAACAUAUUAUCGAUUUCCUGGCAGUUGUACGUAUAAAUUAAUCGGUUCAACAACAUGGCAAAUUAAUAUUCAAUUUAUCAAUUGUACAACACCAAAAGGUUCUUGUGAAAAAAAACUAACGAUUGUUAUUGCUGGUAAAACAUUAGAAAUAACAGGUACAAAUUUAACUAAUCUGACAGCAUUUCCAUCAAGUUUAAUAAUUCAACGACAAGAAAAAAAUCUUCUUGAUUUAUAUUUUACCAAUGGUAUUCGAUUAAAAAUUCAUAAUCAACAUCAACAAACAAUAAUUGUUCAAGUGGAUGAAAAUUUUAUGAAUGAUCAAAUUUUAUCAGGUCUUUGUGGAGAUUAUAAUAAUAAUCCAGAUGAUGAUUUUAAAUUAUUAACAACCGGUCUUAUUACAACAAUGUCAGUAGAUUUUGGAAAUCAAUGGAAAUUAUAUCGAGAUUGUCCAGAUGUUCCACGAGUAAUAAACAAUUGUUUAAUAACUUCCGAAGUUAUUGAUGAAUGUAAUUCAUUAACUAAUCAAUCGAAAAUAUUUCAAUCAUGUUUUGAAAAAAUCGAUCCGAAAUAUUUCUACGAAACAUGUUUAAAUGAUGUAUGUUCAGCAAUACUAGAGAAUAAAUCUUUAAAAACUGCACGAUGUCAAGUGAUGGAAGCAUUUGUUGAAGAAUGUCGAGAAUAUAAUAUUCAAAUUCAAUGGCGAUCUAAAACUGGAUGUUCAAAACGAUGUUCAUCAAAAAAUAUGACCUUUGUUGAAUGUGCUUCACCAUGUCGUCGAACAUGUCAAAAUCCAUCAUCAAUAAUUACUCAAUGUCAUACACAAAAUAAUGAAUGUACUCCUGGAUGUGUUUGUACAAAUGAAACUGUAUAUGAUAGUUUUCAAAAUCAAUGUGUUCCACUUGAACAAUGUACAUGUCAAUAUAAUAAUGUGCAAUAUCAACCUGGAGAUCAAGUAUCAAUUGAUUGUAAUGAUUGUAAAUGUGAUCAUGGCCGAUGGUUAUGUACAAAUCGAACAUGUUCAAGAACAUGUAUUGUACUUGGAAAUAUGAAUAUAUUGACAUUUGAUGGUAAACAGUAUGCACUUGUGAGCAAAUGCAAUCAAGUUCUUGUCGAGACUAAUAAUCAAUCCAAUUAUUUACGUAUUAUUUAUACAACUCAAGGAAAUGAAUUAAGUAUUCAAAUACUUGAAACUAAAGUAGUAUUUCGUCAAGAUAGUAUACUUAUUAAUGGUAAAAUUCGUCAUACUUUACCAUAUCAAACUGAUGAUGUUAUUAUUCGACGUGCAUCAACAGUAUUUAUUGAAGUUCGAAAUAUUCAAUCAACUGUCGUAAUACAUUUUGAUCCAUUAACAUCACGUAUUUAUAUUAAAUUACAUCCAUCAUUUUUUAAUCAAGUUCGUGGUCUUUGUGGAACAUUUAAUUAUGUAACAAAAGAUGAUUUCUUAACACCGAAUAAUGUUAUUGAAACAAAUUUAGUUACAUUUGCAAAUGCUUAUCUUGCUUCAUCAUGUUCAAUUCCUGAUCAACAAAUUGAUACUUGUUUUAAUUUUCCUGCUAAUGAACAUAGUGCAAGAACUGAAUGUACAAAUUUAUUAAAACAUUCAAUAUUCUCAAGUUGUUCACCAUUAAUUGUUGAUCCAACAUUUUUUAUUACAUCUUGUAUACGAGAUUUAUGUGAAGAUCAAUCAACUAUUCAUCGUGAUCAAGUUAAAUGUUCAGCUAUAACAGCAUUAGCUCAUGCUUGUGCUUUGAAAGGUAUUAUUAUCGAUUGGAUGAGUAAUAAAACAUUAGCAAGUACAUGUCAAAUAAUAAAUUAUGGUCAAUGUGGUUUAACAAGUCGAGCAGAUUAUUCAGAAUGUGUAUCGGAAUGUCAAUCAUUUUGUACUGAUAUUGAUCUAGUGCCAUCAUCAUGCGUAAAUCAAUGCUUACCGGGAUGUACAUGUGGAGUGGGUCAAUUUUAUGAUGAACAUUCGCAUGUCUGUCGACUUCAACAAGAAUGUUCUUGCUAUGAAUCUCAAUCUGAACAAUAUAUUCAUCCAUCACAUUCUUUUCUUGUUCAAACUCCAAUUGUAUCAAAUUGUUCAUGUUCAAAUGGUUCACUUCAAUGUACUUCAUUUGAUCAUAAUCAAUGUAGUUCUACACAAAUUUAUUCAUUAAAUACAACAUUUUGUCCUCGAACAUGUACUAAUUAUUUAUCACAUUAUGAUUGUGGUUUAUAUGGUCCUGGUUGUACAUGUCCAUCAGGAAAAAUUCUUCUUGAUUCAACAUCACAUCAACAAAAAUGUAUUUCAAUUGACGAAUGUCCAUGUCAAUAUAAUCGUCAAUUUUAUAUUGAAAAUGAAACAAUUAUACAAAAUGAUCAUGGUUGUCAAAAUUGUACAUGUAAAAAAGGUGGUUUAUGGUCAUGUAAAAAAUUUUCAUGUACUAAAACAUGUACUAUAUUUGGUCAUUCACAUUAUCAAACAUUUGAUGGACUUUAUUAUAAAUUUCCUGGUCUAUGUCAAUAUAUAUUAGUUAAAGAUAUAAACAAUUUAUUUCGUAUAUUAACACAAAAUAUACAAUGUGGUAUUAAUGGAGAAGUAUGUUCAAAAAAUAUUAUUAUUGAAUAUAAUGGAGUUACUAUUGAUCUUAUACGUGAACGUCCAAUACUUUUCAAUGAUAUUGAAUUAUCAAAUUAUCAAAAUCAACCAAUUCAAUUUGGUAGAAUAUAUAUUUAUCAAUUAGGUAUAUAUACAAUUAUUAAAACAGAUGAUUUUAUUGUUAAAUGGGAUGGACAAACAUAUGUUGAUAUUACUAUUCAAUCAAAUACAGAAAUGUCUGGCUUAUGUGGAAAUAAUAAUGAUAAUUUUGAUGAUGAUUUUAAAAGUUCAAAUGGUGCAUCACAAAUAAAUGUAUUUGAUAUGGCACAAUCAUGGCAAACAUCAGUACAAUGUACAUCAGAAAAAAAUCAAUCAUUAAAUAAUGAUCCAUGUGGUGAUAGUCUUGCUCAUGCACAAAGACGUAUAUGGGCACAACAUAAAUGUGAUUUAAUCAAAAUUAAAUCAAGUAUAUUCAAUAAUCCAUUUGAAAUUUGUAUUGAAAAAAUGGAAACACAUUUAAUUGAAAAAUAUUAUCAAGCAUGUCUGUAUGAUGCUUGUCAUGCUGAUCACGGUGGUGAUUGUGAAUCUGUUUGUACUGUUCUCAGUGCAUUUGCUGCUGAAUGUCAAUCAAUUAUAAAAACUCCAAUAAUUAAGUGGCGCACAUCCGAUCGAUGUCCAAUGCAGUGUGAUUCUGGCAAAGUUUAUAUGCCAUGUGGUCCACUUUGCCCACAAACAUGUUUCGAAGGUAAUGAUUAUGGUGGUUGUAUAGCUGAUUCAGGUUGUGUCGAUGGAUGUUUCUGUCCAAAUGAUCAAGUUAUGGAUAAUAAUGGUCAAUGUAUUGAACCUGAUCGUUGUCCAUGUUUAUAUAAUAAUCAUAUUUAUCCACAAAAUAGUCGAAUAAUAAUGAAAAAAAAUGCUACAUGUCAUCAUGAAUGUGAAUGUCUAAAUGGUUCAUUUAUAUGUGAUAAAAUUGAAAGUACAAUAUGUAUAACAACAAAUUGUACAAGUAAUGAAUUUACAUGUAAAUCUGAUGGACGAUGUAUACCAUUAAAUUGGAAAUGUGAUCAAAUAAAAGAUUGUUUAGAUGGUAGUGAUGAAUUAGAAGGUUAUUGUCAAUAUAAAUGUAUGGAUACAAUGAAUACAUUUCAAUGUUCUCAUGAACAAUGUAUUGAUAUAACACAUCGAUGUGAUGGUUUACCUGAUUGUAGAGAUGGAAGUGAUGAAGUUAAUUGUUCUUAUGUAAUACCAUGUAAAGAAUAUGAAUGUCCAAAAAGUAAAUUAUGUAUACCAAAAUCAUGGAUUUGUGAUGGAACAGUAGAUUGUGGUCAUGAAGAUGAUUCAGAUGAAAGUGGUGAUUGUAAACUCAAUCAAUGUGAUACAUUAAGUGGACGUUAUUUUCAAUGUCGUGAUAAUUUAAAUUGUUUACCAAUUGAACAACGAUGUGAUGCACAUAAAGAUUGUGAUGAUGGAUCAGAUGAAUUAGGUUGUUCAUUAUGUACAUGUACAUCAUCAUUUACAUGUAUUCAUAUAUGUCAAUGUAUUGAUUCAAAACGUGUAUGUGAUGGAAUAUCAGAUUGUAUUGAUGGAACAGAUGAAUAUAAUUGUACAGCAAAUUGUGCUAAAGAUGAAUAUACAUGUUUAGAUGGAAAAUGUUUAAAUAAAACUUUGGUAUGUGAUGGAAUACAACAUUGUUCUAAAGGCGAAGAUGAAACACAUCCAGAUUGUAUACUUUUAACAUCAACUGUUUCAACUAAUACUGCUACCAUGCCUACGACAGUUACUCCUGGUACUCCUAUUUUUAUCACAAUUGGCACCAGUACAACAUUUGAACCUUCUACAACAACCAUCGUUGGUACUCCGAUUAUUGUUGUGGAAAAAACUAAUGUUACCCCAACGCCGACACAGCCAACGUGUGAAAUUCAAUCAGCUCACAUGAAUGAUAGUUUUCUUUCGGAACCAGAAUUUUCUACUCCUAUUAAUGGUUCUAUUUUGGAUUUAAAUCCUGGUAACAAAGGUAUUGAUUUUUUGGUUAAUACUUCAUCAACGGCAGUUACUAUGAUACUUCCAUUGAAGCAAAAUAUAAUAAUAACAAAUCUUAUUAAAUUUCAAAUUCUUCGACCAAGUAAUGUCAAUCGAUUUCAAUUAACAUUUCUCAAUAAACUAAGACAACCUGUUGGUCAAUAUAAAAUAUUAUCAACCGAUAGUAAACAACGAUUAAUAUCACCAACAAUUGAUAAAUUUCCAAUUGAAAAAAGUCUUUUAAAAAAAAUUCGAUUAUUAAAAAUUGAAAUAGUAGACACCGAUGACAAUCAACCACCAAAACAUGUCACUCUUCUAUUUCAAGCUUGUUUUAAACAAACAAAAAUCCCAAGAGAAAGUAAACAUAUGUCUUCAUUUUUUAUUUGA